AUGGCCGGAAAAAGGACAUACAAAGCCAUUGAGGCAGUCGUUCUAUCGCUUCUCCUCUUUGUCCCUAACGUUUUCUCCGAUGAUACAGUUCCAAUCCCCGCUGUGAAGUCUCAACUAAACAGUUGGUUCCAAGCUAAUGUCAAGCCACAUGAAAGUAGGAAGGCCACCUUAGACCCUGCCCUGGUCACGGCGGAGGCCGGUGCCAAAGUCAUCAAGGUGAGGCAGAACGGCGGUGGUGAUUUCAAGACGGUGACCGAUGCCAUCAAGAGCAUUCCAAAUGGGAAUACAAAUCGGGUUAUAGUAUGGAUUGGUGGUGGAACCUAUACUGAGAAAAUCAUGAUUGACAGAACUAAGCCUUUUAUCACAUUUUAUGGAGACCCUAAUAACAUGCCGACGUUAGUUUAUGCCGGCACGUCGGCGCAGUAUGGUACGGUGGAUAGCGCCACCUUGAUUGUUGAAUCUGAUUACUUCACUGCUGUUAACAUAAAAUUUGUGAAUUCUUCGCCAAGGCCGGAUGGAAAGAAGAGUGGAGAGCAGGCGUUGGCAUUGAGGAUCGGUGGCGACAAGGCCUCAUUCUUUAACUGCAAACUGUAUGGAUUUCAAGACACCCUUUGUGAUGACAAGGGCCUGCAUUUCUUUAAAGACUGCUACAUUGAAGGCACUGUUGAUUUCAUCUUUGGCAAUGGAAAGUCCAUCUAUCUGAAUACCGAGACCCAUGUAAUCCCUGGUAAAGACGGAGUGGCAAUGAUCACAGCACAAGCAAGGCACAAUGCUAACGAGGACACUGGUUACUCUUUUGUCCAUUGCACGGUGACCGGCACAGGUGGCUAUGCAUUCUUGGGCAGAGCUUGGAUGCCUUAUGCCAAGGUGGUGUUUGCUUACACUGAAAUGAGCGAUGUCGUUAACCCUAAAGGAUGGUCAGAUAAUUUCAAUCCCGAGCAUGACAGGACUGUUUACUAUGGAGAAUACAAUUGCAUGGGACCCGGAUCAAACUUAAAUGGCCGGGUUGGGUUCGCUAAGAAGCUAAAGGAUGCAGAUGCUAAGCCCUUCCUCAGCCUUGCCUUCAUACAGGGUUCUAAAUGGCUGCUUCCUCCUCCUAAGCUUUAA